AUGGACCGAAGGAGAUUGGAGGAGAAAAUUUUUCACGGCCUCUGUCUUCUCGCCAUCCUCAUCGGCAUGGCAAUGCUGGCCGUGUUGCUGAUAAACAUCCUUUCCGACGGCAUUCAACGGGUUAACUGGUCCUUCCUCACCAGCUUCCCAUCCCGUCACCCCGAAGAGGCGGGCAUUAAGGCGGCUCUGUUCGGCAGCAUCUUCGUCGUUGGUCUGGCCGGCAUUCUGGCCUUCACCUUUGGAGUCGGAGCAGCCAUCUACCUGGAAGAGUAUGCCGCCCAUAACUGGUUUGCCCGAAUAAUCCAGGUCAAUAUCGCCAACCUGGCUGGUGUACCCUCGAUCGUCUACGGCAUCCUGGGCCUGGAAAUCUUCGUGCGGUUCCUGGAAAUGGGCAAGAGCGUACUGGCCGGCAGCCUUACCCUGGCCCUGCUGGUGCUGCCCAUCGUAAUUAUUGCAUCGGAGGAAGCGAUUCGGGCUGUCCCGCCCUCGAUCCGGGAAGGGGGAUACGCCCUGGGAGCCACCCGUUGGCAAGCCAUCUGGCGGCUGGUGCUUCCCCAGGCAUUCCCGGGCAUACUCACUGGCGUAAUCCUCGCCGUAAGCCGGGCGGUCGGUGAGACGGCGCCAUUAAUCGUCAUGGGAGCCUUGACCUUUGUACCCUUCACCCCGGACGGUCCCAUGAGCCGCUUCACGGUGCUGCCAAUUCAGAUAUUCAACUGGGUUUCCCGGCCGCAGGAGGGUUUUCACGAAGCCGCCGCCGCGGGAAUCAUCGUGCUGCUCGUUGUAUUGCUAUCCAUGAACGCACUGGCCGUUCUGCUCCGCAACCGGUUCCAAAAACGCCUGGAGGGUUAA